GGGCGCCGCCACCGCACAAUGGCGCGUGUGCACAGCUAGAUGUGCACAGGAAAGCGGUUUUAGCCGAGCGAUGCUACUUGCCUUCUAUAAACCGGGCAGAUUUGUUGAUCGGCAGUCGAGCGCAUGCACGACUGCACGUUAGCCGUUUCUGUUGCACGCAGCAGUCUUUAUACACGCACACGGUCGCGUGGUUCAGAAACAAAACAUUAGCUGUUGUCAUGUAGCCAUUAGCUCGUAGCAGGCCUUGUUUACAGGAAGCUCCCGUUAUAACAUUGAAGUCCUGGCGGGAAUGGUUAUGUGUCGCCAUUCAUAACAUAAUGCUAGGAAUGUCGGCUUAAGGCUGUUUUAAAUCAUUUAUGUCGCUAAUGAGACGCUAGAGGCUUCGGCUUAUUAAGCAACCACCAGAGAGAUCUGAUUACUGAACGAGGCGUUCUUCGUUAGCGAAUCUUUUUAAAUAUGUUACAGUGGCCGCCUAAAUGAUGAAUUAAAUGCUUCGAUUCAACAUCUGAUUCGUUGAACAAAGGAUCGAGUCUUUCGAUUUGUAUUAUUAGCUCUUAAUAAACCCGGAGUUAACCGAGGGUCUGACUGGUGAACGAGUGCUGUGCUUUCAUGGGCCAUUGCUAUACGAAGCUAAGUGUGUAAGAAUCAAUAUCAAGGACAAACAAGUGAAAUACUUUAUUCAUUACAGUGGAUGGAAUAAGAACUGGGACGAAUGGGUUCCUGAAAGCCGUGUGCUCAAAUAUGUGGACAGUAACCUGCAGAAACAGAAAGAGCUUCAGAAGGCAAACCAAGACCAUUAUGUUGAGGGAAGGAUGAGGGGUGUCGCACCGAGCAAGAAAAUCGCUGCUGUGCAGCAAAAAAAUGUAGAUGUAAAAACAAAGAACAAGAAGCAAAAGACGCCAGGGGCUGGUGAGGGCACUAGCACUGGGGACAUGCCUCACCCCCCACGCAAGAAGAGGGCACGUGUUGACCCAACUGUGGAGAGUGAGGAGACUUUCAUUAACAGAGUAGAAGUGAAGGUAAAAAUUCCUGAGGAGUUAAAACCAUGGCUGGUAGAUGACUGGGACCUGAUCACUAGACAGAAGCAGCUUUUUCACUUGCCUGCAAAAAAGAAUGUAGAUGAUGUCCUUGAGGACUAUGCAACUUACAAGAAAUCAAGAGGAAACUCUGAUAACAAGGAAUUUGCCGUAAAUGAGGUGGUUGCUGGAAUCCGCGAGUACUUUAAUGUCAUGUUGGGCACUCAGCUCCUCUACAAGUUUGAGAGGCCACAGUAUGCGGAGAUCCUAGCAAACCAUCCAGAUACAUCCAUGUCAAAGAUCUACGGAGCGCCACACCUGCUGAGGCUUUUUGUGAGAAUUGGAGCAAUGCUGGCCUACACACCUCUGGAUGAGAAGAGUCUGGCCCUGCUUCUCAGCUACCUACAAGAUUUUUUAAAGUAUUUGGUGAAGAAUUCAUCGACUUUGUUCAGUGCAAGCGACUAUGAGGUUGCACCUCCGGAAUAUCAUCGCAAAGCUGUCUGAGGGUGAAGCCAGCAAGGAUGUUUGGUGCUACUUUCUGAUCUUCAUUUUAUUUUUAUUAUUUUUUUUUAAUUCAUUCAUCAGUCUUGUGGAAGAUCUUAGUGGCCAGAACAUCAGUCAAUAUCAAUUCAGUACUUUAAAGAUCUGUCUGGUAUUCCAGACAAAGAUUAAGUCUCUUCAGAAAGCUGCUGGUAAUUGCUCCCAUUUUAUCGAUACAUUUUUUUUUUAGAUUAUGUAUUAUUGAUAAACAGGACCUGGUCAUGUAUAGAUGAAAUGCUGCAUCAUAUUUUUUUUUUUUGUUUUUUGUUUUUUUUAAAACAUUUUUCUUUUUCUUUGAAACAUGUCAGUCAAUAAAUUGUUCUUCUCA